UUGGUUAAGGAAAUGUGGUUAGUUAAAGUAGCUAUUCAUAAUUUAAGAAAACUGACAAACUGAGUUGGCAUUAUCCUCAUAUGAGUUAUGACCAGAGAUGGGCAGUAUUGUAUUUUAAAAGCAUUUAAAUACAUUUUGUAUUUGAAAAUUUUAUUUUCAAAUACAAAAAUUUUACAGUAUUUAAAUAAAUUUUGUCAAGGUAUUUGGUAUACUUUUUUCAAAUACAUAUUAAAAUACGUUUUUUAUAUUAGUUUUAUAAUAGGCAAAUUUUGUGCAGUCACAAAAUUGACUUGAUAUCGUCUUUACUUGUUUAGUCCUAUGAAAAUCCAAGUUAAGUUGCCCUGUCCUCCACAAAACAUGACAUGUCCCUUAUCUGAUGAUUGUUGCUGGGCAGAGUGUCACACGUAAAAACAUCAAUUGGUAUAUUUUGUAGGCCUAUGGCCCUCUACCAAGUUUUUAUGAUAAUAUUAGUCAUGUUAACCCUUUAUCGGGCAAGUGACUGUCAACAGUCACUUAAAACGGCCAUCUUCUCGGCCUCCUCGUAUAUAUCCGUUAACUCCAAGCUGAUGUGUUCUGGGCGUCAGCCAAUCACAAAACACUCUUCUAUGUUGUGACUCAUGAAGCAGACGGAAUCCUUUGUUUUUAUUGGCUGGGCAGCAAGACAAACACGGCAGUGUGUGAUCGGCUUCGAGACGGGGUGCAUCUAACGUUGAGUGCUCUCCACUCAUCUCGUCUCUGCAUACUACAGAAUGUCGAUCAGCCUCACUUCAUUUUACGGUCAAAACCGCAAAGUCAUUGUACCAACCAACCCUGCUGGUAGUGAUGAUGACCAAGAGCUUGACCUAUCUGCUGAUGAUGACGCUGACCCUGACUUCGAGCCUGUGCUAUCCCAGGAUUCUUCCAGUGAAGAUGAACUCAGGCCUAGCCACCAGCUCAAGCGUCAGAAAGCUUCUUCUCAAACAAGGAACCUUGCAAUAGCUGAUGUGGAAGAUGACUCUGGAGAGGAUGGAAGCGAUCAAGAAAACACCACUUCAGCUUCAUCACCGUCAUGGGAAAAAAAUGAUAUAUACCCACCUCCUCUUCCCGAGAAGCCAUACCCACAGCCUGAUCAUAUCUCUACACCAUAUGAAUAUUUCCUGAAGCUUUUUCCCUUAGAAGUCAUAGAUCAUAUUGUUUACCAAACAAAUUUGUAUGUGAAACAAAUAGACAUAAACACGUCAUUUGCCACUAACAGGGAUGAAAUUAUGAACUUCAUAGGCAUACUCUUGUAUAUGGGAGUUUGUGAAUUACCAUCUUUGGAGGAUUACUGGGCAAAUGAGACAAGAGUCCCCCAAGUAGCUAAUGUGAUGUCAUCCAAACAAUUCAAAUACCUGAGAAGACAUAUACAUUUCAAUGAUAAUGAGUUUGCUGAGGAGUCAGAUGACAGGUUUUAUAAGAUCAGACCAAUGUUUAACUUCAUUAGAAAAACAUUUCAGCAAGUUCCUCCUUCUACCAAACAAUCCAUUGAUGAAGUUAUGGUAGGUUAUAAAGGCACAAGAGCAGGAAAUCUCAGACAGUAUAUCAAAUCUAAGCCAACCAAGUGGGGUUUCAAACUCUACUGUCGUGCCAGUGAUGAUGGUUUUAUACAUGACAUUAUUUUGUAUCAAGGGGGAACUACAUUCACUGCACACCCAGUUUCCCUUACACAAGCUGAGAGUAGUGAAAAGAUAAGCACUAAGGUUGUUUUGACCCUUGCUAAAACAAUCACCAGCACUACUACUAGUUCUAUAUAUGCAGACAACUUUUUCACCAGCCUACAUCUAGCCAAUAUGCUCAAGAAGCAUUAUAACUGUAGGUACACAGGCACUGCAAGGGAGAAUAGAGUUGGGAGACCUCCACUUAUGUCACCUAAAGAUAUGGGAAACACUAAAACCAAAAGAGGUUGUUUUGACUAUUGUUCAAGUAAUGGGAUAUUAGUAGUAAGGUGGAAGGACAAUAAGGUUGUGACACUAGUAACAAAUGACAAAGGUGUCUUCCCACUGAAGAAGAUACAGCGGUACAUCAAGGAAAAGAAGAAGAAGGAGGAGGUGGACUGUCCACUUGUUGUGUCAGAGUACAAUGCUCAUAUCGCUCGUUUGCGACAACAACGUCAUAACUAAAAAAAAUGGAUUUUCGAGUUAUCCAUAUAGACAUAUUCAUCUUGAAACGCAGAUUUUUUUGGCAAAAGUGUCAUAAUUGUAGUUAAAAAAUUGACCGCUAGAGGAGCUAAAUGUCCUAACGACAUAACAUAAUAUGUACCAACUUCUUUGCGUGAAGACCGUUACAUGUCAGUUGUGCUGUGACCGUCGUUGGGGUAACUACACUCACGCUGUCAUUUAGAGUGUCAUAUUUUGAUUUAGAUCUAUGUUAGUGCAAAAUGUAAGUACUGAACUUAUGAAUUAUGUUUCAUGCAAUAAUGUGUUAUUUUGAUGUAAUACGUUUUGUCUGCGAACAUAGAGCUCUGUGUUUUACGUCAUUAUUCAAAAUGUGUCAUUAUUGGUAAAAACAAACAGAUCUAUGUUUUACGUCCUAAAUCAAAAUGUGUCAUUAUUGGAAAAAAACCUUGUGAAUAAUAGGUGUUGUAUUUGAGUUAUGACAGUAUUGUUACAAACAUUACCUCGUAUUACAGUAGCACAUUUUUGUUUAACUUAAAUUAUGUCAUUGUUAUUUGAAAAUCUUGCGAAAAACUUAAAAAAGUUAGUGUAUUAUUUACAUUGGUGACAUUGUUGCAACAAAACAUUGUAUUCAUAAAUAUCAUAUUUUUUUCAGAUUAAAUAGGUACCAUGUCAUGUAGAGGAAAACUUAUGCUAGAAGCAGCAUUAAAGGCUAAGGAAAACUUGAUAUCAAUGACCGGCCAAUAAGAACAGCUUUAGCAAAGCAAAGCAGAGUUGCUAAUGUUCUUAUGGAACCUGAUAAGAGAGGCCAACAUGGUAAUCAAGUAACUGUUGAUCCUGAAAUUAGGAAAGGCGUCAAGGCACAUAUUGAGUCUAUCCCUCAGAUAGAGAGUCACUAUACGAGAGCUACAUCAAGUAGGACAUUCAUAUGCGGCUCUAAAACAAUUGCAGAAAUUCACCGCGAUUAUGUUGAGAAGUCCAAACAACAAAAGGUACCUUAUGCCAAUUACACUCUGUUUUAUCGCAUUUUUACCACAGAGUAUAAUAUUUCUUUUUUUGUUCCAAAAAAGGACCAAUGCGAUGUUUGUUCAUCUUAUCAUAAUGCGGAGAAUGAAGAGAAAGAGCGCCUUCAAGGAAGCUAUGAAAAUCACCACAAAGAAAAAGACAUGUCAAGAAAUGAAAAACAUAAAGAUAAAACUGAGAGUGAUGCAGUUGUUGCUGUUUAUGACCUUCAGGCUGUAAUGCAGAUAUCAAAAGGGGACAUUUCAGUUUUUAUUACAAGUCAAAGCUGAAUGUUUUAAAUUUUACUAUUUACAAUGCUAAAACAAACUCAUGUAAUUGCUAUGUCUGGAAUGAAACUAAUGGCCAACGUGGGGUUAAUGAAAUUGGGACCUGUGUUCUCGAUUACAUUAAAACCUUGUGUGAGGCAGGAGAAACUGACAUAAUUUUUUACUCAGAUAACUGUUCUGGCCAACAGAAAAAUAAGUUUAUGAUGGCACUUUACCUUUAUGCAGUAAACAACUUACCAAAUAUAACUUCAAUAACACACAAGUUUCUAAUAAAAGGGCAUACCCAAAAUGAGGGUGACUCUGCCCAUUCCCUAAUUGAAAGAGAAGUAAAGAGAAUUUUAAAAAGUGGACCCAUUUAUGUGCCGGAAACUUACGUAACGGCAAUGCGAACUGCUAGAAAGAAAGGACAGCCUUUCGUAGUAAAAGAGCUUUGUUACAAAGAUUUCUUGAACAUCAAGUCUCUAGCCACUGAAAUGGGACCUAUCAAUUGCAAGACUCUUCAACUCUCUGAUGUUAAAGUAAUGAAAUUUGAAAAGCAAUCACCACUGUCAGUUUUUUGUAAACAUUCCUAUGGUUCAGACUAUAAGGAGCUUCAAAUUUUGAAAAACUCAAAUAAAGCCACCUCCAUUAAUGAGUUAUUGCCAUGUUACUCCAGCAAACUGACAUUGCCUGCUAACAAGAAAAAAGACUUGAUGGACCUUUGUAAUAAAAAUCUGAUUCCUCGAUGCCAUCAUAAAUUUUAUGAAAACCUGUAAAUGAAAUCAAUCUUAAUGAAAUGAGUUAAAAUACAAAUUUAGUAUGCCUAUUACGAUAUUAAGUUUUGUUGUAUGCUAAUUAAUUAGGAACAUAUUAUUUGAAUGGAAUAUUAAAUAGAUGUUUAUUUUAUGUUUUUUUUUAUUAUACAGUCCAUCUUUCAUUUAUUUGAAAAUUUUGGAGUUGUCUAAUUCCUUAGGCAUAUUUGAAAUAAAUUAUAAUUAGGAAGAAUCAAUUAGGUUCAUAAGGAUUUUUUUUAUUUAAAAAAAAUGAUAAUUAGGAAGAAUCUAUUAUG